UCAGCUCUCGGUCUUCCUGCAUUUCCAUCCCGGCGCUAAAUUGUAAAAAGGGGAGAUUUCCCCCGCCGCCGCCUCCUGCAGCCGCCACCGCCAGCACCAACCUCACCAGCCCCGCUACUGCCGCCGCCGCCGCCGCCACCAUCAUCUCCCUCCUCCUCUCCUUCUCCUCCUCCUCCUCCCUUUCUCCUCUCCUUUUGGCAGCACCAGGACGUCCGGCGUGGUGGUGGUGGUGGGGUAGUGGUAGUGGUGCUGCUGCUGCUGCCGGGGUUGCGAGCGAACGGGGUCGCCUUCGAAUCCUCCCGUUUUUUCAAGGUGCCUCGCAGAGAGCGAGCGGGGGCGAGCUGAGAGACUGCCGAGAGGCUGAAAGGCAGCGAGGAGUCACGAUGAGCACACGAGGUGACGGAGCCGGGCAGCCUUCGACUUCCGCGGCUGCCAAGGAACAACCUGCCACCGCCGAACCGCCGAAGAGGGGACGAGGGAGACCCAGGAAGCAGCCGCAAGAACCGACAGGAGAGCCAUCUCCCAAAAGACCAAGAGGAAGGCCUAAAGGAAGCAAAAACAAGAGUCCGUCGAAAGCAGCUCAGAAGAAAGCAGAAGCCACUGGAGAAAAACGACCAAGAGGCCGGCCCAGGAAAUGGCCACAGCAAGUGGUCCAGAAGAAGCCAACUAAGGAUCAGCCUGAAGAGACAUCCUCACAAGAAUCAGCAGAAGAUGAUUAGAAAACCACACCUUUCUAUUUCUACCUCAUCAGCAGUUGGAUCCUUUGAAGGGAGAAGACACUGCCAUGACCAUUGCUUCUGUUUCCACAAUCUUUCUACUUUGGCCUGGGUGGGGAGGAAGGAAGGAAUUCACAUAACCUUAAAAAGGACUUAUUAAUAAUUUCUAUUGUAAUCCCUUCAUUGUCGCAGGUUUUGUGAAACUGCUGUAACACAGGGGGACACAGAUUAAUGAUGCAACGUAUAAUUACUGUUUUCUCUUAUUUUUCUUUAACCUACUAAUAGUUUGAGCUGCUAAGUAAGGGUGAAUGGGUCAGUAAAUCUCGGAAGCAGGUUUCAAGUCAUUCACUGCACUGCAUAUAUAUGACUAUUGUAAAAUAUUAAUUAUAAUGGGCAUUUAAAUAGGAAGAACUGGUGUUUGACACUAGUUCUUACAACAUCUCUGACAACCCACUCCCUAGCUUAGUGAACUCCCUCUUUAGAACACCAAAGAUAACAAUUUAGAUGCUAGGAUUGUGUAUGCUUCAGAACGAUUCAGAAGGGCUUUGCGUCUCAUGCAAGCACAGCACCUCUCUGCUGUUCAUUAAAGCAGCCUCAAAGAAUAAUAAAACUGCUUUAAUGACCACCAGACUAGUGUUGUGUUGGUCUCACAUUAAUUUCAGUGAGUCAUUUCAUUAAAGCAGCUGCAUAAAUUCUUAGGCUGGAGUAGAAGUCUGAAAAAAGACAGGUGGCAUUAGUGAACAGCAGAGAGUUGUAUUUUGGAAGAUCUGAAGCACUUCUUUCAAAUAACUUUUGAAGCAUGCACAACCCUAUUAGAUACUAUUUUGAUAGCCGUGGACUAGAUUUGUGCUUGUUUGUUUGUUUGUUUCUCAUGUUACUGUUCUUUCAGGACACAUCAAAGACUAACUUCUUUCAAUUAAUUCAGCUGAUAAUCAGGAAGUGAGAGUCAAAAGAAAAAAAAGGUACUUUGCAACAAAAGGGAAAAAUGACAAAGAUACUUUGUAUAUUAGUGAUACACAUAUAUCUGCUGAAGUAAUACCAAAUGGAACUCAACAGCACCCUCUCUGGAAACAUGUUCAUAGACCCUGAGGUAGAACAUGCUUUCUAGAGAUUAUCAUGUUGUUUAGAAAUGACUUACAUCGGAUUAUCUUUCAAGACUGAUAUUUAGCAACUAAAUUUCAGAUUUUAGUGAAUUUAAAACAAUACCUCAGAAUGAUUUUAAAUCAUACCAUACUGGAACCAAGGGAAAUAAUUUACAUACUUAGUUUGGUUUAUUCUUGUGCUGCCAGCCCAUUCCACUUUUUCAGAGGAAUGGCUUUAUCAUCUUCACUGAUGUAUCUCCAUUCAAGAGCCAAUACUACGUACCUCAAGUGGGCUUAUUACUUUUAAGCAAUAUACAUUGACAUAGGAUGUUUAUCUGGGCAGGUCGGUCCAGUUAUAUGUCCCCAUUUUUUAUUUUAUUUUUUUUACUAAAAAGCAGCACUUUUAACAACAACUGCUAUACUACCCCACUUUUCAGUACUACCUCUGUUAUUUACAUUGAACUCAACAGUCAUAUAAAUACUUGCUGCUAUGAUCAUACAAUGCAAGAAAUUAUUAUUGGAUAAGUAAUCAUAAAUUCUGCAUUCUCCCAUCCUUUUUUUUUACUUUGUCACUUCAUUGCAAUUAAGAACACAAUACUUUUAAUGUUUUCCAGCAUUACAAUUUUUUUUUCUUUUUAAAAAUAUACUAUGCCUUUUCUCUGCUAAAUUUCUAUAUAAUGUACCAUUAACUUGAAUAUAUUUUUGUACUGAAUUGCUCAUAAGGUUUGUAAUGAUAAUUUUCUUCAUUGACACUACAUGAUAUAAAAAUUAUUAACUGCAGUGUUUAAAUAUUACUGUCCAAGUUUGUACCUCAAUUGAAUUUUUUAAAAGAAAUGGACUAGUUGAUUGACAAGACCUACCUCCAGACUAUUAAUGGAAUGAACUUGCUGUUUCUUUCAACAUUUGUUUUUGAGACAAUUUAGAACUAAAAAAAAUAAAAAUAAAAACAACAAGAAAAACCCCUAAUUAAAACUAUUUUUGUAAAAGAGCUUUGUAGAAAUGAACACAUAUUAAUUUCUUUCAUAUUAAAACCACCCCUCAAAGAAA